GGCCAGUGGCGCAAUGGAUAACGCGUCUGACUACGGAUCAGAAGAUUCUAGGUUCGACUCCUGGCUGGCUCGUCUGCUUUUUUUCGUUUUAGGUCUUUGGAACAGCGAAAACUUGGGAAAAGGAAUCAAACGAAGAACACAGACACAUGAAGGUUUCUAUAGGGCGGUAAUUCACACCAAGAUAGCCAUGAAGCUCCAUGCAAAGAAAACCGUCUGCUUUCUAAUCUCUGUUUUAUUCGUGGGUGUUGCUGCAGAGCUGCAGGCACCUGAAGUCCACACAAAGCUCGGGAGCCUGAGAGGUGAGUAUGUGAGUGUAAAGGGCAAAGAGACCGGAGUCCAUGCCUUCCUGGGUGUCCCAUUUGCCAAGCCACCCAUAGGUCCUUCCCUGAGACUGGCUCCACCUCAGCCUGUAGAGGGAUGGAAAGGAGUGAGAGACGCCACCAAGCAGCCACCCAUAUGCAUUCAAUCUAAUGAGAUUACUGUGGAUAUGUUUUCUGUCUUCGGAUUGACACUUCCAUAUAUCCCAGACAUUUCAGAAGACUGUCUUUACCUCAACAUUUACUCUCCUGCAAACAGAGCUCAAGAUGCCAAGCUUCCAGUCAUGGUCUGGAUCCAUGGUGGGGGCUUCAGUACGGGGUCAGUGUCAAUGUAUGAUGGCUCUGCUCUGGCUGCUUACCAGGAUGUGGUUGUGGUUCUGAUCCAGUAUCGUCUGGGACUUCUGGGCUUUCUCAACACUGGAGAUGAACAUGUAUCAGGGAACUUUGGGCUGCUGGAUCAGAUAGAAGCUCUGAGGUGGGUCCAGCAGCACGUUCACAACUUUGGAGGAAACCCAGAUUUAGUUACUAUAUUUGGGGAGUCAGCUGGAGCAGUGAGUGUAUCUCUCCUGCUCCUCUCACCAUUGUCUGAUGGCCUGUUCCACCGUGCCAUUGCUGAGAGUGGUACAGCUGCAAUGGAUUUCAUUGUGUCAAGUAAUCCUCUGCCAGCGAUGCAGAUGGUUGCAAAUGCAUCUGGCUGUAGCAUUGAAAGCACAGAGAAGUUUGCAGAUUGCAUGAGAAACCUUGAUAUUGAUACUAUUGUGGCUAUUGGGGAGAAUCAAAUGUUUACAUUUCAUGCAAUUGUUGAUGGACACUUCCUGACGAAACCUGUGGAUGAGCUGCUUCGUAAACAUGAACUCCUCACUGUGCCAUUCAUGACUGGUGUUAAUAAUGAUGAAGGUGGAUUUAUUCUUGCUAAUGUCUUUGCUCCACCAGGCUGGACAGACGGAUUAGAUCGGGAGCAGGUUUUGAACGCAGUGUCCAUCUUCUCCUCUGAUCCCAAAGAUACAAUCAAGAGAGACCUGAUGACAGAUGAAUACAUUGGAACUGGUGAAGACCGUGUGAAAAACAGAGAUGGAAUGACUGAGAUGAUUGGAGACAUUUUGUUCAACAUUCCAGUCAUUAAAGUUGCCAAUGGUCACAGAGAUGCAGGUGCUGCUGUAUACCUGUAUGAGUACCAGCAUCCUCCCUCAUUUCUGCAGAAAAUAAGACCAAACUUUGUUGGAAGUGACCAUGGAGAUGAAAUGUUUAUAGUGUUAGGAAACUGCUUCACAACCACUCAUGUCACAUUAAUUGAACCAGGCACUGAAGAGGAGGAACAGUUGUGCAGAACCAUGAUGAGCUACUGGGGCAACUUUGCUCACACAGGGUCUCCUAAUGGGGAUGGUCUUGCCCACUGGCCAAAGUAUGGAGCAGAAGAGGAGUAUCUGGCAAUUGGUUUGAAGGAGCAGGUGGUUGGUCGAGCCCUGAAGAAAGAUGGUUUUGUUUUUAUGACUCAGACCCUCCCAGAGAAGAUCCAACGACAUAAAGAGAAAAUGGAGCAGGCACCUGAAGUCCACACAAAGCUCGGGAGCCUGAGAGGUGAGUAUGUGAGUGUAAAGGGCAAAGAGACCGGAGUCCAUGCCUUCCUGGGUGUCCCAUUUGCCAAGCCACCCAUAGGUCCUUCCCUGAGACUGGCUCCACCUCAGCCUGUAGAGGGAUGGAAAGGAGUGAGAGACGCCACCAAGCAGCCACCCAUGUGUAUUCAAAAUGCAAAGAUGAUUCUGGGUGUUGUUGAAUCGAUGGGUGUCAAGUUUGCAGAAUUGCCAGACAUUUCAGAAGACUGUCUUUACCUCAACAUUUACACUCCUGCAAACAGAGCUCAAGAUGCCAAGCUUCCAGUCAUGGUCUGGAUCCAUGGUGGGGGCUUCAGUUUGGGUUCAGCUUCAUCAGGUGAUGCCUCUGCUCUGGCUGCUUACCAGGAUGUGGUUGUGGUUCUGAUCCAGUAUCGUUUAGGAAUUCUGGGCUUUCUCAGCACUGGAGAUGAACAUGUAUCAGGGAACUUUGGGAUGCUGGAUCAGGUAGAAGCUCUGAGGUGGGUCCAGCAGCACAUUCACAACUUUGGAGGAGACUCAGAUUCAGUUACCAUAUUUGGGGCGUCAGCUGGAGGAGUGAGUGUAUCUCUCCUGCUCCUCUCACCAUUGUCUGAUGGCCUGUUCCACCGUGCCAUUGCUGAGAGUGGAACAGCUGCAAUGGAUUUACUUGUGUCAAAUAAUCCUCUGCCAGCGGCGCAGAUGGUUGCAAAUGCAUCUGGAUGUAGCAUCGAAAGCACAGAGAAGAUUGCAGAUUGCAUGAGAAACCUUGAUAUUGAUGCUAUUGUUGCUGCUGGAGAGAAUCACAUUUUUACAUUUCAUGCAAAUGUUGAUGGACACUUCCUGACGAAACCUGUGGAUGAGCUGCUUCGUAAACAUAAACUCCUCACUGUGCCAUUCAUGACUGGUUUUAAUGAUGAUGAAGGGGGAUUUGGAAUGACUAAUUUCUUUGCUCCACCGACCUGGAUAGAAGGAUUAGAUCGGGAGCAGGUUGUGAAUGUGAUGUCUGGCCUCUACCCUGAUCCCAAAGAUGCAGUCAAGAGAGAUCUGAUGAUGAAGGAGUAUUUUGGAAAUGGUGAAGACCGUAUGAAAAACAGAGAAGGGUUGACUGAGAUGAUUGGAGAUGUCAUAUUUAACAUUCCAGCCAUUAAAGUUGCUAAUGGUCACAGAGAUGCAGGUGCUGCUGUAUACCUGUAUGAGUACCAGCAUCCUCCGUCAUUCCUGCAGAAUAAAAGACCUAACUUUGUUGGAGCUGAUCAUACAGAUGAAAUCUUUGCAGUGUUGGGAUGGUGCUUCACAAGCGCCCAUGUGAAAACAAUUGAACCAUGCACCAAAGAGGAGGAACAGUUGAGCAGAACCAUGAUGAGCUACUGGGGCAACUUUGCUCGCACAGGGUCUCCUAAUGGGGAUGGUCUUGCCCACUGGCCAAAGUAUGGAGCAGAAGAGGAGUAUCUGGGAAUUGGUUUGAAGGAGCAGGUGGUUGAUCGAGGCCUGAAGAAGGAUCGUUUUGUUUUUAUGACUCAGACCCUCCCAGAGAAGAUCCAACAACAUGAAGACAAUAUGGAGAAGGCACCUGAAGUCCACACAAAGCUCGGGAGUCUGAGAGGUGAGUAUGUGAGUGUAAAGGGCAAAGAGACCGGAGUCCAUGCCUUCCUGGGUGUCCCAUUUGCCAAGCCACCCAUAGGUCCUUCCCUGAGACUGGCUCCACCUCAGCCUGUAGAGGGAUGGAAAGGAGUGAGAGACGCCACCAAGCAGCCACCCAUGUGUAUUCAAAAUGUAAAGUUUUCUCUGGAUGUUGUUGAAAUGUCUGGUGCCAAGAUUGCAGAUGUCCCAGACAUUUCAGAAGACUGUCUUUACCUCAACAUUUACACUCCUGCAAACAGAGCUCAAGAUGCCAAGCUUCCAGUCAUGGUCUGGAUCCAUGGUGGUGGCUUCAUUAUAGGUUCAGCUUCAGUGUAUGAUGGCUCUGCUCUGGCUGCUUACCAGGAUGUGGUUGUGGUUCUGAUCCAGUAUCGUUUGGGACUCCUGGGCUUUCUCAGCACUGGAGAUGAACAUGUAUCAGGGAACUUUGGGCUGCUGGAUCAGAUAGAAGCUCUGAGGUGGGUCCAGCAGCACAUUCACAACUUUGGAGGAGACCCAGAUUUAGUUACCAUAUUUGGGGAGUCAGCUGGAGGAGUGAGUGUAUCUCUCCUGCUCCUCUCACCAUUGUCUGAUGGCCUGUUCCACCGUGCCAUUGCUGAGAGUGGUACAGCUGCAAUGGAUUUACUUGUGUCAAAUAAUCCUCUGCCAGUGACACAGAUGGUUGCCAAUGCAUCUGGCUGUAGCAUGGAAAGCACAGACAAGUUUGCGGAUUGCAUCAGAAACCUUGAUAUUGAUACUAUUGUGGCUUUUGGGGAGAAGAAUCGAGGAUUUUUGUUUCAUGCAAAUGUUGAUGGACACUUCCUGAGGAAACCUGCAGAUGAGCUGCUUCGUAAACAUGAAUUCCUCACUGUACCAUUCAUGACUGGUGUUAAUGAUGAUGAAGGGGGAUUUAUUCUCCCUAAUGCGUUUGUUCCGCCAAACUGGAUAAAAGGAUUAGAUCGGGAGCAGGUUGUGAAUGUGAUGCCCAUCUUCUACCCUGAUCCCAAAGAUGCAGUCAAGAGAGAUCUGAUGAUGAAGGAGUAUUUGGGAACUGGUGAAGACCGUGUGAAAAACAGAGAAGGGUUUACUGAGAUGAUUGGAGAUGUUAUAUUUAACAUUCCAGCCAUUCAAGUUGUGAAUGCUCACAGAGAUGCAGGUGCUGCUGUAUACCUGUAUGAGUACCAGCAUCCUUCCUCAUUCCUGCAGAAUAAAAGACCUAGCUUUGUUGGAACUGAUCAUACAGAUGAAAUCUUUGCAGUGUUGGGAUGGUGCUUCACAAGCGCCCAUGUGAAAACAAUUGAACCAUGCACCAAAGAGGAGGAACAGUUGAGCAGAACCAUGAUGAGCUACUGGGGCAACUUUGCUCGCACAGGGUCUCCUAAUGGGGAUGGUCUUGCCCACUGGCCAAAGUAUGGAGCAGAAGAGGAGUAUCUGGCAAUUGGUUUGAAGGAGCAGGUGGUUGGUCGAGCCCUGAAGAAGGAUCGUUUUGUUUUUAUGACUCAGACCCUCCCAGAGAAGGUCCAACAACAUAAAGAGAAUAUGGAGAAUGCACCUGAAGUCCACACAAAGCUCGGGAGCCUGAGAGGUGAGUAUGUGAGUGUAAAGGGCAAAGAGACCGGAGUCCAUGCCUUCCUGGGUGUCCCAUUUGCCAAGCCACCCAUAGGUCCAUCCCUGAGACUGGCUCCACCUCAGCCUGUAGAGGGAUGGAAAGGAGUGAGAGACGCCACCAAGCAGCCACCCAUGUGUAUUCAAAAUGUAAAGAUGACUGUGGAUCUUCUUGAAGCGACUGAUGUUGAGAUGACAGAUAUUCCAGACAUUUCAGAAGACUGUCUUUACCUCAAUAUUUACACUCCUGCAAACAGAGCUCAAGAUGCCAAGCUUCCAGUCAUGUUCUGGAUCCAUGGUGGGGGCUUCAUUAUGGGUUCAGCUUCAAUGGGUGAUGGCUCUAGUUUGGCUGCUUAUCAGGAUGUGGUUGUGGUUCUGAUCCAGUAUCGUCUGGGACUUCUGGGCUUUCUCAGCACUGGAGAUGAACAUGUAUCAGGGAACUUUGGGAUGCUGGAUCAGAUAGAAGCUCUGAGGUGGGUCCAGCAGCACAUUCACAACUUUGGAGGAGACCCAGAUUUAGUUACUAUUUCUGGGGUAUCUGCUGGUGGAAUGAGUGUAUCUCUCCUGCUGCUCUCACCAUUGUCUGAUGGCCUGUUCCACCAUGCCAUUGCUGAGAGUGGUACGGCUGCAAUGGAAUCAUUUGUGUCAAAUAAUCCUUUGCCAAUGACACAGAUGGCUGCUAAUGCAUCUGGCUGUAGCAUGGAAAGCACAGAGAAGAUUGGGGAUUGCAUGAGAAACCUUGAUAUUGAUACUAUUGUGGCUCUUGCGGAGAAUGAACAACUGAGAUAUCCUAUAAGUGUUGAUGGACACUUCUUGAAGAAACCUGCGGAUGAGCUGCUCCACAACCAUGAACUCCUCACUGUGCCAUUCAUUACUGGUUUUAAUGAUGAUGAAGGUGGAUGGAUACUUGCUCGUGCAUUCUGUCCUCCCAACUGGACAGAAGGAGUGGAUCGUGAGUACGUGGUGAACUUCAUGUCCAUGUUCUACCCUGAUCCCGAAGAUGCUUUCAAGAGAGAUCUGAUGAUAGAUGAAUACAUUGGAACUGGUGAAGACCGCGUGAAAAACAGAGACGGACUGACUGAGUUUAUUGGGGAUUUUAUCUUUAACAUUCCAGCCAUUAAAACUGCUAAUGCUCACAGAGAUGCAGGUGCUGCUUUAUACCUGUAUGAGUACCAGCAUCCUCCCUCAUUUCUGCAGAAGAAAAGGCCUAGCUUUGUUGGAACUGACCACGCAGAUGAAAUCUUUGCGGUGUUCGGAUUGUGCUUCACAACUGCGCAUGUGAAAUUACUUGAAUCAUGCACUGAAGAGGAGGAACAGUUGUGCCGAACAGUGAUGAGCUACUGGGGCAACUUUGCUCGCACAGGGUCUCCUAAUGGGGAGGGUCUUGCCCACUGGCCAAAAUAUGGAGCAGAAGAGGAGUAUCUGGGAAUUGGUUUGAAGGAGCAGGUAGUUGGUCGAGACCUGAAGAAGGAUCAUUUUGUUUUUAUGACUCAGACCCUCCCAGAGAAGAUCCAACAACAUAAAGACAAUAUGGAGAAGGCACCUGAAGUCCACACAAAGCUCGGGAGCCUGAGAGGUGAGUAUGUGAGUGUAAAGGGCAAAGAGACCGGAGUCCAUGCCUUCCUGGGUGUCCCAUUUGCCAAGCCACCCAUAGGUCCUUCCCUGAGACUGGCUCCACCUCAGCCUGUAGAGGGAUGGAAAGGAGUGAGAGACGCCACCAAACAGCCACCCAUUUGCAUUCAACAUAAACAGCUUUCUUUGGAGGUACUUGCCAAGUUUGAGGGCUGGUUGAUGGAUAUUCCAGACAUUUCAGAAGACUGUCUUUACCUCAACAUUUACACUCCUGCAAACAGAGCUCAAGAUGCCAAGCUUCCAGUCAUGGUCUGGAUCCAUGGUGGGGGCUUCAUUUGGGGUUCAGCCUCAUCAUAUGAUGGCUCUGCUCUGGCUGCUUACCAGGAUGUGGUUGUGGUUCUGAUCCAGUAUCGCGUGGGACUUCUGGGCUUUCUCAGCACUGGAGAUGAACAUGUAUCAGGGAACUUUGGGAUGCUGGAUCAGAUAGAAGCUCUGAGGUGGGUCCAGCAGCACAUUCACAACUUUGGAGGAAACCCAGAUUUAGUUACCAUAUUUGGGGAGUCAGCUGGAGGAGUGAGUGUAUCUCUACUGCUCCUCUCACCAUUGUCUGAUGGCCUGUUCCACCAUGCCAUUGCUGAGAGUGGUACAGCUGCAAUGGAUUUAGUUGUGUCAAAUGAUUAUAAUCCUCUGCCAGUGACACAGAUGGUUGCAAAUGCAUCUGGCUGUAGCAUGGAAAGCACAGAGAAGUUUGCGGAUUGCGUGAGAAACCUUGAUAUUGAUACUAUUGUGACUCUUGCGGAGGGUGUACAAUUUCCAGUGAAUGUUGAUGGACACUUCUUGAUGAAACCUGUGGAUGAGCUGCUCCGUAAACAUGAAUUCCUCACUGUACCAUUCAUGACUGGCAUGAAUAGUGAUGAAGGGGGAUUUAUAAUUCUUGAAGGCAUUGCUCCUUCCAACUGGACAGACGGAUUAGAUCGGGAGCAGGUCGUUAACAUGAUGUCCAUGUUCUACCCUGAUCCCAAAGAUGCUUUCAAGAGAGAUCUGAUGAUAGAUGAAUACAUUGGAACUGGUGAAGACCGCGUGAAAAACAGAGAUGGACUGACUGAGUUUAUUGGGGAUUUUAUGUUUAACAUUCCAGCCAUUAAAACUGCUAAUGCUCACAGAGAUGGAGGUGCUGCUGUAUACCUGUAUGAGUACCAGCAUACUCCCAGUUUCCUGCAGAAGAAAAGGCCUAGUUUUGCUGGAAGUGAUCAUGGAGAUGAAAUCUUUGGGGUGUUAGGUUUCUGCUUCACAACUGCCCAUGUGAAAUUAGCCGAACCAUGUACUGAAGAAGAGGAACAGUUGAGCAGAACCGUGAUGAGCUACUGGGGCAACUUUGCUCGCAAAGGGUCUCCUAAUGGGGAUGAUCUUGCCCACUGGCCAAAGUAUGGAGCAGAAGAGGAGUAUCUGGCAAUUGGUUUGAAGGAGCAGGUAGUGGGUCGAGCCCUGAAGAAGGAUCGUUUUGUUUUUAUGACUCAGACCCUCUCAGAGAAGAUCCAACAACACAAUAAGGAUAUAAAGCACAGCGAGCUAUAAAACGAUCACAUCUCUUCACUCUUUUCCAUUAGUUUUUUAUUACCACAAUUAAAAACAGCCAAAAAUGGGUCCCACAUCGUACUAAAUAUGUGUGAUUAUUUUGUAAUUUUAAAAAAUCAAAGUGCUUUGAUUGUUCUGUCUGUAGGUUAUACAAAGUCCCGUACAUUGUAUGGAAUUCUGAAGAAAUGUCAAAUUCCCCAACUGAAUUUAAAGCGAUACGUGGUGACGGUCAUGGGGAGUUCAAGUCUAGAGAGGGUAAAUGCAUUUACCAUUAACAUAUUUUUGAAUGCAGAAAACUUCAGGGAAUAUAUACCUACCUUUUGUUUUUGUUUACAUGUAGUAUUUGUUUAAUGAUUUAGUUUGUAAUAUUAAACAGAGAUUUCUGACCAAAGAACUUCACUUGUUUUCAAUACUGUGUGAUACAGUAGCAGUGUAAAAGUAUAUCAUCAUUUUAGGUGAUAACUGAAAACAUCUGUUGUAUGUUACAGUGUGAUACAUACGUAUACGAACAAUUCGGAAAAUAAACAGGCGUACUAAAAAGUUA